UAUCACUAUGAAUGUUCUCGCUGGUCUCAUAGUUGCGUGCCUGGCGUUCAACGCUUAUGGUUUGCCACGUUCACAAAUUAUCGGCGGCAAUGAUGCUGUAGAUGGUUUAUAUCCUUAUCAGGUAUCAUUGAGAGAUGCAUUAAAAAACAACACAUAUUUUUGUAGUGGAGCUAUAAUUAGUGCACACUACGUUAUCACCGCUGCGCAAUGUCUUACUGAUACGAAUCCAUACGAUGUUAAAAUCGCUGUUGGAAGCAAUUACCUUGAUACACCUUCCGUAUUAUAUAGAGCAACAAUCUUUAUAGUACACGCUGGUUACAAUAAAUUGUUAAAUAUUAACGAUAUUGGUUUAAUCUAUGUAUCAGAUAUUAUCACAUUUAAUGAAAAUAUCCAACCGAUUAAUUUAGUAACUGCCGAUCAGAAUUAUGACAACUAUCCGCUUUUAAUUACUGGCUGGGGAAAACUCUGGAUGGGAGGUCCGACUCCUAAUCAUUUGCAAGAGAUUAUAGUGAAAGGAUACUCUCAAGAAGAAUGCAGCAGUUUCAAUAAUAUUAAGAAAACUCAUAUAUGUACUUUUACAAUGGAGGGUGAAGGAAUAUGCCACGGCGAUGCUGGCAGCCCACUCGUUGCCGAUGGCGUUUUAGUUGGUCUCGUAUCAUACAGUUUUGGUCCAUGUGGUUUGCCAAUUUCACACAUCAUUGGAGGCAAAGAUGCUCCAAAUGGCCUGUAUCCUUAUCAAGUAUCAUUGAGAAAUUCAAAGAAUAAUAGGCAUUUUUGCGGUGGAGCUAUCAUCAGUAAGAGAUACAUUAUUACCGCUGCGCAUUGUUUUAAUAAUCUCAACCAGCCAUCUGAUGUUCUUGUUGCUGUUGGAAGCAAUUACCUUGAUGCACCGCGUGCUGUGUAUGAAGUUGCAAAAUUUAUACGACACGAUGAUUUCGACAACUAUCUGCAUAUUAACGAUAUCGGUUUAAUUCGUGUAGUAAAAAAUAUCAAAUUUAACAAGAAUAUUCAACCGAUCGCCUUGCCAUCCACAGACUCUAACUAUAACAAUCGUUAUCUUGUAGUUACUGGCUGGGGAAGACUCCGGGCGGCCGGUCCAAAUCCUAAUCACUUGCAAGAGAUUAGGGUGAAGGGAUAUUCGCAAAAGAAAUGCAAUACACAUUACCAAAAUAUCGUAAAAACUCAAAUAUGUACUCUUACGACACAGGGUGAAGGAAUGUGCAACGGUGAUUCCGGUGGACCACUCGUUGCUGAUGAUGUUCUCGUUGGUCUUGUGUCCUUUGGUGUACUUCCAUGUGGUAGCGGCAACCCAGAUGUAUUCACCAGAGUAUUUUAUUACAAGAAGUGGAUUAAUUCUUUCACACAGGGAUCUGAAUGAUGACAGUCGCAUAAAAUAUGCCAAGAUGUGAU